AUGGACGAUAACAUGCUUGCUGGCCUGCUGGCGGGCGCCGGCCUCCCCGCGCGGCCGCCGGGCGGCGACACGCCGCUCCCCGACUCGUCGGAGCAGAUCUACAUCGCCCCCGUCGCGCUCCUCAAGAUGCUCAAGCACGCGCGCGCCGGGGUGCCGAUGGAGGUGAUGGGGCUGAUGCUGGGGGAGUUCGUGGACGAGUACACGGUGACGGUGGUGGACGUGUUCGCGAUGCCGCAGAGCGGCACGGGCGUGAGCGUGGAGGCCGUGGACCACGCCUUCCAGACCAACACGAUGGACAUGCUGCGGCAGACGGGGCGGCCGGAGAUGGUGGUGGGCUGGUACCACUCCCACCCGGGCUUCGGCUGCUGGCUCUCGGCCACCGACGUGCAGACGCAGCUGAGCUUCGAGCAGCUCAACCCGCGAGCCGUCGCCGUCGUGCUCGACCCCAUCCAGAGCGUCAGGGGCAAGGUGGUCAUGGACGCCUUCCGCCUCAUCAACCCGGCGGCGAUGCUCACGGGCCACGAGCCGCGCCAGACCACCUCCAACGUCGGCGGCACCGUGCGCCCCUCCGUGGAGGCGCGCGUCCACGGCCUCGGCGUGCACUACUACUCGCUCGCCAUCGGGCACCGCCAGAACGAGGUCGAGGAGCGCAUGCUCGCCUGCCUCAACCGCAAGCGCUGGUCCGACGGGUUCGUCCUGCAGAGGUUCGAGGACGCCGAGAACGCCGGCGCCGUGAGCGGGAUGCGGGACCUCGCGGUGCAGUACGACGCGCAGGUCAGGGAGGAGGACGUGACGCCGCCGGAGAGGCUGGCCGUGGUGAGGGCGGCCAGGCCGGACGCCAAGAAGCAGCUCGGGGAGAGAGCCGAGGCCGCCAUGUCCGGCAACAUCGUGCAGACGCUGGGCAUGAUGCUCGACACGGUCACCUUCUAG